UUCAGAGUGUUGGUUAAGUGUACUCAGGGCGGCCGGCUUCGUCGAAGGAAAGAGAAAAGAAAAAUUAAUGCAAUAGGAGCCUCAGAAGAUAUUCGACGACAUGGUUGAAGGCGAGACAAUGGAUGUUAAAAACCUGGAAAGUCCCAGUGCCUCAAAGCUGAAGGAACCAGAAGAGAAAAUGGAUACUGAGGAGGUAAAGAAGCGUCCCAGGGAGGACUCGAGCGAGGAGGAGCAGCAGGAGAUACCACUGAAAAAAGCAAAGAAAGAAGUAAGCCCGGAGAAGGAUACCGACGCUGCGAAUAAAGCUAAUGGUACCACUGAUGAAGUUGAAAACGAAGAGAAAGAAUCCGAGAAAUCGUCAGAAGAAAAGGAACCAGAAUCAUCAAGCAAGAAGCACGAUGAGUCUUCUGAUUCAGGUGAACAAAAGAAUGAAGAAUCCCCAGCAAAAUCAGAGAAGGGAGAGGACAAAUCCUCAGACGAGCUCGAAUCCCCAGAGAGUACCAAGGCAGCAAAAUCUAAAUCGACAGAGCCAGAGGUGGUGAAUGGAUUGGAAAUGUCUGUUGAAUGUGCCAGUGACAAGGACACAAGCUCUGAGAGUGAGGACGAGAAGGAAUCUAAGCCUAGACCUAAGACGAUCAUCGUGAAGGCUAAACCCAAUGAUUCUGAACUAGAAGUGAGCGGUUCAGAGGAUGAAGGAAAAGACAGCAAACCUGUUGAAAAAGAAGAUGAAGACGAGAAAAAGGAGGAGAAGAAGGAUAAAGAACCAUCAAAAUCAAAGGGUAAGAAGUCAUCAAAGGUAAAGGCGAAGGAUUCAGACUCAGAGGAGCAUUCAGAUGCUGCGUCUGAGGAAGAAGUAGCUUCGAAAUCUGCUAAGAAGACUGAGAAACGGGGACGCCCCAAGAAGUCACUGACGAAACCUGCUGGCGAUGGUAAGAAGAAACGAGGCCGUGGUAAGAAGAAGAAGGAGGAAUCUGACGAAGAGGAUGAGGAAGAAUCAGAUAAAGCUUCUGAUAAAUCAGUUAAAACUGUUGAUAAGAAAAAGGCUAAAGCAGAUGAGAGCGACGAUUCCAAGAAGUCAGACACUAAUGGAAGUGAUGAUGAGUCUGAAGAUGAGAAAGGGGAUUCAGACGACAAGGGAAAGAAGAAACGGAAGAGCAAUGAUGAGCCACCAGAGAAAAAUGCGAAGAUAAAAUCAUUGAAGAAGUACUUGAAUGCUGCCGGCAUUCGAGUGAAAUCAUUCGAUGAACUCUGGGCUGGCUGCAAAUCUACCACUGCACGUGUGAAUCGUAUGAAGAAACUGUUGGAGAAUCAUGGUAUCACUGGGCGGCCAACUCUGGAGAAAUGUAAGAAGGCUAAGGAGAAGAUGGAUCGAGCCAAAGAACUGGCUGAGCUGGACCCCAAAAACAUCAUCUCUGAAGGACGUGUCACCCGUUCAAGGACAGCUAAAACACCACGAAAACGUAGUCCCUCACCGCAGUCUUCAUCACCCUCUGUCACACCAGAUAAAGAGCUUCGCAAAAGAAUCAGAAAUGUCGUCGAUAGUGAGUCAGAGUGAGAUAACGCGAGGCUUUCAAGUACCUCCGUCUUUUUCUUGCUAAGGAAUACUCCUGAUAUAUGUCCACCAUUUAGUCAGUAAGUUUUGCUAGAGUAAUUUAUAUAAUUUCGGUAGCGUAGUGGUCAAAUGUCAUGAAGAAAAUUAUACAUUUUUUGUUAUUUAUGCAUUCAUCUCAGAGACAAGUGUUAACAGGGAAAAUUUCUGCAUUUUUUUGUAGCUAGGAAAAUGCUCGACAAGAAGUACCUUGACAUUUUUUGGUAAAUUUACUUAUCAAGAUAAGUGCAUAAUUAACAAAAAUGUUAUGUUACACAUUAUCAUUUCACUACUGAAUUUGUUUCUCGUUCCUUUUAUUUCCGAUUCGUAUAAAUACUGGGCGUUGAAUAUUGAAAAAUAUAUUUUUCGUAUCUCUGAAUGAUAAAUGAGAGUAGUCUGUUUCUCAUAAAAUAUUUGUGUUUAAAUGUUGCUAAAGUAAAUGAAUGUUUAACAUUACAAUGACUGGAUAUUCUUUGUAAAUUGUUUUGAACGUUGAUGAUAAAAUAAAAGUACUUUAUUCUAUAAUA